AUCCGUCUCGCGUUCAUGACUCACCAGCUCCCCGUGGGGCGCUCUCCUCCUGCAGGCAACGAGCGAGUCAUCUCGUGGCUGAGGAACCUGAGUCUGGAAAUCUUCGAGGAGGAGGAAGAGCUGUGGGUGCCACUGGGCCUCAAGGCUGGCACUGUGCUGGCUUCCGUGGCUGUGGCGGCGCCCCUGGCUUCCACCUGGCCGAAGCUCUGCGCGGUGGCCGCCUACACCAACGUCCUGGCCCCCGUUAUCCUCCUGAGGGCGCAGUACGAGACGCAGCACCAGACGAUCCUCAGGAAGUAUCGACGAGCCACGAAGGAGGAGAUUUCAGCUCAUCCAACGUGCCCGGUGUGUCUGGAGACGCUGAAAGUGGCCACAGCGACCCCGUGCAACCACCUCUACCACGCCACCUGCCUCAGACGCUGCCUCGAGCUCUCUCCGCUCUGUCCCAUGUGUAAACAAACCAUCCUCUGAAAGCGCUGCAGUGUUUGUAAACAGGCAGUUUUCACAAGGCUGCCCGACAUGACGCGAGUGCAAACAAAUAGUUAAGAGAGGGACUACAAACGUAUUGUUUUAUUUGUUUUUUUUUUUCUUUUUUUUCGGUUCGUAGCGGUUGCUUUGUUGAAGGCGGCGUCUGUGAAGAAUUGUUUUGAUAAUGUCAGAUCGUUGGUGACGCACGAAUCAAUAUGGAUGUGCCUUAUUACGUUGUUGAUGAUAAUGUAAAUAAAAUCUCUAUAUUUAUGUCUUCUGUCCGUUAAUAAAGAGUGAUAUAUACCUA